AUGGAUUUUCUAAAGGAUCUUAACCAACCGAAGGUGUACGAGUUGAAGAAAGCAUUUUGCCUGUUCGAUCUCGAUGGUGAUGGCGUGAUCAGUGAGCAGGAUUUGAAAAACACAUUCUUGACUCUCGGAGUGGACAAGUCCGAGUACGACAUUGAUCAAAUGUUCGACGGGGUAGUGCAACCGCUCAAUUUGGACGUGUUCUUGCUGCUGAUGCUGCAACGUGCCAACGGGCUAGCACCGCAAGACGUUAUGGUCGGUGCAUUCCGUAUGUGGGACAAGGCCAACACGGGAUUCAUCGACAAGGCACGCUUUAUUCACGACAUAACAACAUACGGUGAUCGAUUCACUCUGAACGAAGCCAAAGAAGCUGUAGCGGAUGCUGCCAUCACACGCGGCCCGCAGCUCAACGACGAAGGGCAGCUGCUGGAAAAGCUGGACUAUAUGGAUUUCGCGGAAAAUAUAUCCGGAUUUCAGAAGACAGAUCACAAGUAA